AGACUUCUUGGUUGUAUCCAAAUAAUAGCAAAACUUUUGUUGUGAUCAUCAGGGUUGGGCAUUAUAAAAUUUAAAACAAUCUGGAUUAAUGUGAGAAAAGUAUGAAAGUGUAUUUUGGACUAAUAUGGUUGAAGUAUUAGUUGAGCAUGAUUAUGUUGCAAAAGAAUAUGAUGAGUUAACAAUAAAAAAAGGCGAUAUAAUAAAGGAUGUAGCAAAGAAACAGGGAGGUUGGUGGGAGGGUGUGUUAAAUGAUAAGAAAGGAAUGUUUCCAGAUAAUUUUGUAAAGGUUUUAAGCCCUGCUCCCCAAGUUGUGCUAAGGAAUAAGGCCGAUGUAAACAGAAUACGAACAUGCAGGGUGGUUUUUAGUUACAAUCAAGAUCAUGAAGAUGAGCUGACUCUAAAAGUAGGAGAUGUAAUUAAAAUAUUGGGUGAGGAGGAAGAGGGUUGGUGGAGAGGGUUUUUAGAUGGCAAAGAAGGGGUUUUUCCCUCUAAUUUUGUGGAAGAAAUUAAAACACCCUCCAGCAUUAAUAGCACUGGGAGUAAAGAAAAUUUGGUUGCUAAAAAUGAAAGUGAUACGGUUUCCAAAGCAUCAGGUAAAUUAAUAUGCGUAGUAAAAUAUUCAUAUACAGCCUUAAAUGAGGAUGAGCUGUCCCUAGAGGAAGGCGACAAGGUAACAGUACUUAGUAAAAACCUGGAAGAUCCAGGGUGGUGGAAAGGCGAAAUAAACGGUAAAGUAGGCGUGUUUCCUGACAAUUUUGUCGAAAUUAUAAGUGACGAGGCGAAACCUACGCCUCCCCUGGCAGCUAAACCCAACCACGCUACAACAGUGACUUCAGUGGCUUCCCAAAGAAAAUCCAUUGAAUCCAAGAACGAAACGGCGAAAUCCCCCCCAGUUCCGAGCAAAAAACCGCUGAUUUCCAUAAAGAAGUCUCCUAGCGGAGGAAUUUUGCAGGAUUUGAAAAAGAAGUUGGCCGAUGUGGUAGAUGGUGCGUCGGGGAGCAAGAGUAAGACUGAGAGUCACAGUGAAGUGAAAGAGAAUAAUAAUAAUAAUAACAAUAUCAAUAACAAUGAGGCGUUUGAUCAAGUUGAACGAAAGCCCCUAUUGGUCGAUGUUAGAGCCAAUAGAGCCAAAGCACCAGGUCGAAGGCCCCCUUCCACAAUCUUAAAGCCGAGCGAUUUUGACUUAAACGGCGCCCCACCCGAUGAAGCGCUCGAAAAUGGAACGGAAACGCUCGAAGACCCACCCGAACUGCGCCCAAAAGUGCGCGAAUGGGAGAAACACAAAGCACCAUGGCUAAACGAGAUGAAGCAGCACCAAGCCAAGAGAACUUCGACCUCGCCGGGUCCCGACAGAAAAUUAAAAGUGACCACUGCGCCCGAAGUGGAAAACGAAAUUGAUCCGAAAUCUCCUCCAGAAGUAGAGUUGAGGAAAUUGCCAACCGAAAAACCGAGUCCAACCGAAACGGUCAAGAAACCGGAGAAACCUUCCGCGCUUUCUCAAGCCAUUAAACCCAAACCAGCUGUGCCAAUAACGAAUAGAUAUAGUUUACAAAACUCCACGCCCAAGGAGAUCCCUCCCAAACCGAAAACAUCCCCCAUCACCUCGCAGGAUAAAUUCUUAGUAGACAACGAACCUGCCUCCCACAAACAGUAUUCCCUGCUUUUGGAGAGAGUUAAGAAACUCGAAAUGCAACUGGAAAAACAAUGCAGUGCACAUAGUAAAGCCAUAGAAGAUUUGCAAAGCAAAUUGAAAAUAGAGGUAGAAAUGCGAAUUAUGUUGCAAGAAAAAGUCGAAAAACUACUGCAAAACAUUCAGGUUUGAACAAGUUUCGUACAAACUAUAAUUAAAUUAAGUUGGCAACAUAAUAUUGUUUAAAAACUAUUGUUGGCAUAUAAUAGUAUUCUUAAAAAUGCCUUCAAUAUAUUUAAAUGAGAAAUUUAAAAUAGUAUCAAUUCAAAGAUUAUUCUCUUUUUCCUACUAUACAUUUGUUGGCAUCUAAAAAAUAUAUUUAUGCAAAUUAUAAAAUUCAAUUACAUACCUUAUUAUACAGGU